AUGGAUGAUACAUUUACAGAUAAUCUUUUUUCGUUAAAAAAUGAAGAAUUCUAUACAUUUAUUCAACAAUUAGUUGGACAACAAAUAGUAGAUGUCUUGAAAUUUCAAUCAAUAACAUCUACACAAUCUUUAAUUCGAAAUCCAGAUAUAUUUGAAAUAUUUAAUAUAAAAUGUUCAGAGCCUAGUUUCUUAUUAAUUAGAGAAAAAUCAUGUUUGCAGCUCGAUGAUGGUCAAUUUAUUAUAAAAAUUGGAUUAAUAAAUAAUCUAAAUUAUUUACUUGAUUUCUUAAAACAACGGCAACAAAAAAAAAUAAUAGAAGAUAGUUAUGCUGAUGCAAAUUCUAGUUUAUCUUUUGAUUUUAUUAAUAAACAUUCAUUGUUAAAGAACUUGGUUCUUUAUUAUCAACGAAUUGAUAAUGAUAAUAAUAAUAAUGAAGAUAAAUAUUGUUUUUUAAAAGAUUUUAUUAAUACAAUAACUAGCAAUUCAACAAAGUCUGGGACUGGUUUUCGAUAUAGCGACAAAAUCAAGAACUUUGCUGUAUCAUUAUAUAUACUAGGUGGAAAAUUAACAUAUGAAUUCAUUCGAUUAAAUUUACUAGGCUCUCUACCGAAUUUAACUAUGUUAAAUAAACUGAUUUCCAAGUCAGAUUCAAAAAUUAAUGAAGGAGAAUUACGAUUUGAUCAACUUCAAAAACAUUUUGAUCAACUUAAUAUUCAAUAUGCAUUCGGCUCUGAAGAUACUACCAGUAUAAUUAAAAAAAUUAAAUAUGACUCAACAACAAAUACAUUCAAUGGGUUUUCUACAGCACUUGAUUGUGGAGUACCGAUUAAAGAAUAUUAUCAAACUGAUUCAUUUGAUACAUUGAGAAUCUGGUUUAAUUCAAUUGAAAAAGCAUCAUUACUCAAUGUACAUAUGGUUCAGCCUAUUCCAGCUUCAAAUCAAAGUAUUAUUCCAAGUCCUUUUCUAUUAUCAGCAUAUGGAAUUGAUAAUACCGCUACAGCAAAUGAUAUAUUACAAAGAUGGUGA